CCCCCAACAGAGGCUGCUAUUGACCCCCCUAACACACCUGACAGUGAAGCUCUGUUUACGAGACUGCGCAAUCCAAGCACAGGGGAAGCAACUCUUUACUUAUUCAAUAGUGGUGCACAGCAGCUGUUUGAAGUAAAAUGUUUUCAAGAGGAGUAUCAUUCCUGGUUUAUAGGUCAGACGGUUGAACAAGAUGGGCGUCUACUGUUUGUGACACCGAUGGAUCCCUUGUUUCUGAUACUUUAUUACCUUAUAAAGGCAUACAAAGAGAAUGGAAAGUUUCAGCCUCUGGAUCAAGUUGUGCUAGACUCUGAGUAUCCCUACUGCUCAUGGUUGCUGAAGUGUACAGAUGUUAAACAGUACAUACAUCAUGUAACAGAAGAAAAAGAGAUUGGCAGUCAGAAAUUUCACAGAUACAGUCAAGAGAAGACAUUGAAGUGGUUAAAGAAAAAGGUCAAUCAAACAGUGAAAGCACUUAAAAGCAACAAUAUAACUGUGGGUCAAAGGGUACAGUCAGCUACAUUUAUCAGCGGUAACCCAAACCCGGAUUCUGAGGAAGACUAUGUACGGUAUGCCCAUGGGUUAAUAUCGGAAUAUAUUCCUGAGGAUCUGAGUAAGGAGUUGUCAAAGUUCUUAGAGCUUCCAGAACUCAAAAGCCCAGUACUGGAGCCACAACCGAAGAAAAGGAAAUUAUCAGAUGUCCCCGUGGAAGCAGAAGAAGACUAUACUAAGUUUAACAGCAGCAGCAAUCCGAAAAACAAAAAGGCGAACAGCAAGAUGUCUGCAGCUCAGAAGGCUCUGGCCAAAGUUGAUAAGAGUGGAAUGAAAUCCAUUUCUGCGUUUUUUAGCUCCAAAACAAAGGCGUCAAAAUAAACACUUGCUCCUGAAACAGUUU